AUGGCGUUGCUCUCCGUCUCCACCUGUGCAGAUGCGGCGCGUGGGCUGCCGCUGGCUUCUUGUGUGUGUGUGCGUGUUUGUGGAUUGCUGCACUUGCUCCCUGCCGUUGGGUGCGCUGCCUCGCCGGCUGGCCGCGGCGGGUUUCUUGCGUUGCGGAGGCCGCGGGUCCCUCACGUGUGUAGGGCCGGGCGCCGCAAGCGAAGCGGAGCAAAGCCAGCGCCGCGCGAGAAUGACGGCCGGGCCGCCCGAGGCGCCGCGGGCCACGACAGACACAGCAGUAUUGGCAAUCGAGGUGUUGGCGCGCCAUCCCGACCCUGGAUGGUGACGACGACGGGUUAG